GAGGAAAGGCUGUCUCCACCCACCUCUCGCACUCUCCCUUCUCCUUUAUAAAGGCCGGAACAGCUGAAAGGGUGGCAACUUCUCCUGCAGUCGGGAGCGGCCCGCCUGCCUCCCUGCGUGCCCGAGGCCUCCCCACCUCCCGCUGCCUUCCUGAAGGUUCCCCUCCGGCCGCCAGCGCCCAUCUUUCAUUCCUGAGAGGGAGAGAUAUUUUGCGCACACACACACAUACACACGCGCGAAAGAGAGAGAGAGAGAGGGGAAAAAAAAAGCCCACCCUCCAGUCUCGUUGCAAAGAAAAAGCCGGAGCAGCCGCAGCUUGCAGCUCGCAGAGGACGCCCAGAGCCGCGAGCCCGCGGGCAGACUGACCGACCGACUCGCGCCGCGUCCACCUGUCGGCCCGGCCGUGCGCGCAACGGGCACGCCGCGCGCGCCGAGCAGCCGUGCCCGCCGCCUGGGCCCUGCGCCAGGGCGCACACGCUCCCGCCCCCAACCCGGCCCGGGCGGGAGUUUGCACCUCUCCCUGCCCGGGUGCUCAAGCCGCCGCUGCAAAGACAACUUUGGAAAAAGUUUUUUUGGGGAGAUUUGGGCUUAGAGGUGACCAGCUCUGAGCUUUCUGAUUUGGGGGCCUCUCCAGAAAAUGUUGCAAAAAAGCUAAGCCAGCGGGCAGAGGAAAACGCCUUCGGCUGGCGAGUGAAGACGAACCAUCGCCUGGCUGGUGUGUUCCUUUUCCUCUUGGAGGUUGGAGUACUCUGCGCGCCCCCAUACGGCUAGACGCCUCGGCUGGUUCGCGACGCAGCCCCCCGGCCGUGGAUGCUCGCGCGGGCUCGGGAUCCGCCCAGGUAGCAGUCUCGGACCCUGGUCAUCCCCAGCCCCCCAGCAACGGAGCCCGGGCCGGGGGCGGCGGCGCCCAGGGGCCAUGCGGGUAAGCCGCGGCGGCGGCUGCAGCGGCCUGAGCUCCUGAUCACCGAGGACCCGUGCGGAGCCCACCCUCCUCCCCAGCCCCCCACCCUGGCCGCGGGGGCGGCGCGCUCGGUCUACGCGUCUGGGGCCCCGCGGGGCCGGGCCCGGAGUCGGCAUGAAUCGCUGCUGGGCGCUCUUCCUGUCUCUCUGCUGCUACCUGCGUCUGGUCAGCGCCGAGGGGGACCCCAUUCCUGAGGAACUCUAUGAGAUGCUGAGUGACCAAUCCAUCCGCUCGUUUGAUGACCUCCAGCGCCUGCUGCACGGAGACUCCGUAGAUGAAGAUGGGACUGAGCUGGACCUGAACGUGACCCGGGCCCACUCAGGACGUGAGGCUGAAGGCUCAUCUCGCGGGAGGAGAAGCCUGGGCUCCCUGACAGUGGCUGAGCCGGCCAUGAUUGCCGAGUGCAAGACGCGCACGGAGGUGUUUCAGAUCUCGCGGAACCUCAUUGACCGCACCAACGCCAACUUCCUCGUGUGGCCGCCCUGCGUGGAGGUGCAGCGCUGCUCCGGCUGCUGCAACAACCGCAAUGUGCAGUGCCGACCCACUCAGGUGCAGCUGCGGCCCGUGCAGGUGAGGAAGAUUGAGAUCGUCCGGGGAAAGCCAGCCUUUAAGAAGGCCACGGUGACCUUGGAAGACCACCUGGCCUGCAAGUGUGAGACGGUAGUGUCUGCUCGGCCUGUGACCCGAAGCCAGGGCAAUUCCCGGGAGCAGCGAGCCAGGACACCCCAAACUCGGGUAGCCAUCCGGACAAUUCGAGUCCGCAGGCCCCCCAAGGGGAAGCACCGCAAAUUCAAGCACACGCACGACAAGGAGGCACUGAAAGAGACCCUUGGAGCAUAGGGGUGGCGGCCGGAGGAUGCGGGCAGGGUUAUUUAAUAUGGUAUUCGCUGUAUUGCCCCCAUGGGGUCCUUGGAGUGAUAAUGUCGCCCCCCUCAUUCGUCUGUCUCAGUGCCUGAUUCGGACGGCCAAUGGUGCUUCCCCGCCCUCAACGCAUCUGUCCCCUCCACGUGUCUGUCCUUGCCCACCAGCAGCCCUGUCCUGUGGCCAGAGGAGGAAACUGAACUCAGAUCCAUCGCUCCUUCCUCCCUGAGCCCCAAGAAGAGGCACAGGAGCAGAGCAACUGGUGAGAUGGGGGCCUCCCCAACAGCUGGCCCCUGGAGCGCUGCAGAGGAGCCGACCAGCUCCAAAGGGACCUGCACAACACCUCCAGGCAGACUGGUGCCUGUCCUCGUCCCGUGGCUGUGACCACAUGGGGAGCACGGGCCGGGGAAGCCCCGCUCAUGGCGCCCAGAAGCCAUGUCCUCCCAUCAGCUCUGCAUUCUCUGCUUUCUCUACGUGAUAUCCUCCAGACGGACUCGCCUGGCUGGGGCUGGUGCCCAUGCGCCCCCCAGCAGGUCACAGAUGAAGUUUGCUCUUCGGGCGAAUUACAGAUGGCGACCUGGGCACCCCUGCCUCCCCCAUCCCCCCAGUUCAUGUCCUCCUGUAUUUCUUUUCAUUUCUCUACCUCCACCCUGCAUCUUCCGCUCCUCCUGGCCUUUAAGUCUGUUCUACCAAUGGGCUUUCAGAUCCCUCAUUGAGACCCCAGGCAUCUUUCCCUAGGACAGAAGACCAGAGGCCAGGGUGGUAGGAUGCCUGCCCAUCAGAUGCCAGCCCAGCCAAGACUGCCAUGUAAGGUGGUACAGAGUGUGGACCGCGCAGGGGCACUGCAUGCAGGGAGCACUCUUCACGCCCUCCCUAGGACCCAUUUGUCUAUUUAUUCUGACGGUUUCUGCCGAUGUAGGUCAAGUGUCGGAGGAAAGGGAUUCUUUUCCUAAUGGACACAAAGGCUCCGUGGAUUGGCUGUGUCCCUGUCCUUGCCUUCAGUGUGGAGCAGUGAGACAGGGGUGAGGCAGUGGAAUGUGGGCCUCCAGGUCCCAGGCCUCAGCUCCUGCUGUUCCCUUCUGGGCAGAUGUGAGAAGCCCAGGUCAAGGUCUGGGAGGGGAAGCCCCUCUUGCCCUGCCCCCUCCUUCCCCUUUGGUUCUUGGGGUCCUACCUGCUGGUUCGCCCUAGGACUACAGCAGUGGGUAGGGGAGAGGAGAAAAGGAAAAAAGAGCCCGGGCCCCUCGGGUGGGGUCUGAGCUCCUCCCCCUCCUUUGCACUCCCUCCCCAAGAUCUGCUUCCUUCAGUUUGUAAAGUCGGUGAUUAUAUUUUUGGGGGCUUUCCUUUUAUUUUUUAAA